CCUGGCAUCGUGCGUCUUUAGCGGGCGACGCGCGUUCUUGCGUGACGUGUUCAGGAGGCGCUGCUCUCGAGUCUGCUGGUCUGCAGCGCGGAGAACGGAGGAGGAAGAGGUGACAGAUCCGGGUAUGGCCAUGAACUGGAAUAAAGGGGGCCCAAGUGGCAAGCGCGGAUUUGGAUUUGGGGGAUUUGCCCUCAAUACAGGGAAAAAGGAGGAGCCGAAGCUUCCGCAGUCUUCUCAUAGUGCUUUCCGUGGACCCCCUUCUGUCUUUGGCGCUGCAAACAGCUCCCAGCUCCCCUCUUUCUACAAGAUUGGAUCUAAGAGAGCCAACUUCGAUGAAGAGAAUGCAUACUUUGACGAUGAGGAAGAAGACUCCAGUAAUGUGGACCUGCCCUACAUUCCAGCAGAGAAUUCUCCAACAAGGCAGCAGCUUCGCUCAAAAACAGAUUCGGACAGUGAAGAAGAUCCACUGGAGGCCUUUAUGGCAGAAGUGGAGGACCAGGCUGCCAAGGACAUGAGGAAAUUGGAGGAAAAAGACAAGGAGAAGAAGAACGCCAAGGGUAUCAGAGACGACAUUGAGGAAGAAGAUGACCAGGAAGCAUACUUCCGAUACAUGGCUGAGAACCCAACGGCUGGGCUUCUUCCUGAAGAGGAGGAAGACAAUCUGGAAUAUGACAGUGAUGGUAACCCCAUCGCUCCAACAACAAAACGCAUAAUCGAUCCUUUACCUUCUAUAGACCAUACAGAGAUAGAGUAUCCACCUUUUGAGAAGAAUUUCUACGAGGAACACGAGGAAAUCACCGUUCUGACUCCUCAGCAGAUUGUGGAGUUGAGGUACAAGCUGAACCUACGGGUCUCUGGGGCAGCUCCACCACGGCCAGCCAGCAGCUUUGCUCACUUUGGGUUUGAUGAGCAGCUCAUGCAUCAGAUUAGGAAGUCAGAAUACACCCAACCCACACCCAUCCAGUGUCAGGGUGUCCCAGUAGCGCUCAAUGGGCGUGACAUGAUCGGCAUCGCUAAAACUGGGAGCGGUAAAACGGCAGCUUUUAUCUGGCCAAUGCUAGUGCACAUUAUGGAUCAGAAGGAACUUCAGCCUGGGGAUGGACCCAUUGCUGUCAUCGUUUGUCCCACUCGCGAGUUGUGCCAGCAGAUUCAUAGUGAAUGUAAGCGGUUUGGGAAGGCGUACAACUUGCGCUCCGUGGCUGUUUAUGGUGGGGGCAGUAUGUGGGAGCAGGCAAAAGCUCUACAGGAAGGAGCAGAGAUUGUAGUGUGUACCCCGGGACGUCUGAUUGACCAUGUGAAGAAAAAGGCUACCAACCUCCAGCGGGCCACAUACCUUGUUUUUGAUGAAGCUGAUCGUAUGUUUGAUAUGGGUUUUGAAUAUCAAGUUCGAUCUAUUGCUAACCAUGUGAGGCCGGACAGACAAACCCUCCUGUUCAGUGCCACCUUUCGUAAGAAGAUUGAAAGACUGGCCAGAGAUAUACUGAUUGAUCCUAUCCGCGUUGUUCAGGGGGAUAUCGGAGAGGCUAAUGAGGACAUCACUCAGAUGGUGGAGAUACUUACCUCUGGUCCAGACAAGUGGAACUGGGUGACUCGCAGGCUAGUGGAAUUCACAUCUGCAGGAAGCGUUGUUCUUUUUGUCACAAAGAAGGCUAAUGCUGAAGAGCUGGCCAACAACCUGCGCGUGGAGGAUCAUCCACUAGGUCUUCUUCAUGGAGACAUGGACCAGAGUGAAAGGAACAAAGUCAUCACUGACUUUAAGAAGAAAAAUAUCCCCAUCCUGGUUGCUACAGAUGUAGCUGCUCGAGGUUUGGACAUUCCAUCUAUCAAGACCGUAAUUAACUAUGAUGUGGCACGAGAUAUUGACACGCAUACUCAUCGUAUCGGCCGGACAGGCAGAGCGGGUGAGAAGGGUGUAGCUUACACUCUUUUAACGCCAAAAGACAGUAAUUUUGCCGGGGACUUGGUGAGGAAUCUGGAAGGGGCCAACCAGUAUGUGUCAAAAGAGCUGCUGGACCUGGCUAUGCAGAAUUCUUGGUUUCGGAAGUCUCGUUUCAAAGCUGGGAAAGGCAAGAAAUUGAACAUAGGUGGAGGUGGCCUAGGCUACCGUGAGCGUCCAGGACUUGGAGCAGAGACCUCUUCUGAACGCGUAGUGGGUGGUAAUGUGAUGAGCAACUAUGAGGCCUUUAAGCCUACUGGAGGCGCAAUGGGAGACCGGCUGUCCGCAAUGAAGGCUGCAUUUCAGUCUCAAUACAAAAAUCAUUUUGUUGCUGCCAGCCUGAACACACAGAAAACUGGAACAUCCACAGUCAACUCUGGAGCAUGGACAAGUGCAGGCAGCUUAAGCUCUGUUCCCAGUACCACACCACAGCCUGCAGCGCCACCAACAGAACUGACUCCUCCUCCACCUCCAAGAACCAUGCCAGGCUUUACUAGCAGUGGAACACUCUGUAGCAUCCCCACUGCCUUUCCCCCACUGGGUAAUCCAAGUUUCCCUGCAACUAGUCAGGUUAGUACUAAAGAAGGGUCUAGUGGUGGCAGAGAAGGGAGUGGAGGGCGAGAUAAAUACAGUGAAGGAAGGGGGCGGCAUGGUGAAGGACAUCGUCAUAGUGACAGAGGUGGACACCGCCAUGGAGAGGGACAUAGACAUUCCAGUAGUGGGCGGCAUGGGGAGAGCCGUAAUGGGGCAGAGGGAAGAAGAGAUAGUGAUGGACGGAGAGAGAGCUCCCGAGAUAGUGAAGGAAGGAGAGAAAGCUCCCGCGACAGGGAAGACAGUCGAAGAGACAGCUUUGGAGAUGGACGGAGAGAAAGCUCCCGUGACGGAGGAGAAAACCGGAAAGAGAGCUCACGAGAUGGUGAAAGUCGCAGAGAAGGGCCCCGGGAUGAUGGGGAAAUCCGAAAAGAAGAAAAGAGUGAAACUUUUGCAGUGCCAGAUCCUCCAAAGCGGAAGAAGAGUAGAUGGGACAGUUAAAUUCAGCCACAAAUUCCCAGACUGGAUUUGGCAGAUGUUGCUAAUGCUGUGUGUCUUUGUUCUUGUUUUGCUUGCUUUUGGAGGACACUUGAAGUCCACUGUUGGAAUCCCAAAGUGAAUGUUAGUCAAAUUUAUAUUCUGUCCUGUUUUAAUAACACAAUAUGAAUUUGCUAGUAACAGCUGUUUACCUACUGUACCACACAGUCAAAGAGGAGUUCCUAUAUCUAUAAGCUUCUUUUGUGUAGAGCAUUUUUAUUCAAAUCAUCCCUGUGCUCCAUAAAAUACACAUACUGUAGAUGGAGCAUUUCCAAUGACUGCCAUUUUCAUUCUGAGUGUUUAGUUUUUCUGUAUAUAGCAAUAUUUUUUUUCUUUUACUAUGUAACAACUUGUUCUCAUUUAACAAACAGUGAUUAAAGGAAAAUCGGUUUUGUUUUGA